CCUCGCAUGUCCCAUCGGCAUUCCACGGCUGAGAUUGUGCUUGGCGAAAUAAUAUCUGCUUGAGCGCCUCUAACUCUAAACUGUGCUCCACUUUAUCUUCGUCUUCUCGUCUUGGUCUCCAACGCAUUAUUCACGUGAUUGUGCUUUGAGUAACAACUGGAGAUUGGGAAAAACACAAUAUAGGUUCCAGGUUCGAAACCCAACGGCAUUGCUUUCAGUUUUUCAGGGCGAUGCGGAGGAGAGAUAUUAAUUGAGUGAGUUUGUGUUUCUGUGUCUGCGUCUGCGUCUGCGGGAUCUCUUUUCUCCGGAACUCCGUGGAAUACGACGUCCGUCGGUCGGAUUGGAAAGGGAUGCGAACUGUGUAGAUUGUCCUUGUAAACGCUGCGGCAUAAAUGCGGAUUGUGGAAUAAAUCACCGUAAGGCCGUAAGAACUACGGCGAACUACGGCUUAAACGCAGAAAAGGUCUCAAACGGCGAAGAGAAUUCGGUAUUUAUUCUUUAAAGGUUUGAGUUUCAAAGCUUACAAGUAUGUUAGAUCUGAACGCUUUGCCUGGAAGACCUAAUUUCGCAACGAACGGCGGCCUGGAGAAAGGCCUGGAGAAAACCUGCAGCGAUGACAAUACAAAGGAUAUGGAGUCGUUUAAUUCUGAGAUUUGUAGCGAGAGCACAAGACCGCAAUGGCGGGUGCAGCAGCAGCAGCUUCAGGAUGACUCCGGCACGUCUAAUUCUUCAUCCGUCGUUAAUUCCGUGGAAGUCGAAGCCUGCAGCAGUCAGGGAAUCGACGAGGGAGAAACAUGCUCGAAUGAUGAAGAUUCGCAGAAUGCAAAGGCCGCUACUGCGUUUUCCUCUACCAAGGGUUUGAGCUUCGAUUUAUUUAACGUCCAGCAGGCAGAGUGUGGUACAAGCGAGCGUCUUGUUACAAAACAGUUUUUCCCCGCUGCUGGAGAGAUGAUGCCAGCCAAUCGUUGGUUAGAUUUAACGGCAGGUGGGCAUGAAAAGCAAGGGCCAAUGGCGGUAACGGCAACGGCACCUGCACCUGCACCUGUAAUAUCUGGAGGAGCAACAAGCACAGCAGUUCUACAACGUCCGAAGAAGAGCAGGCGAGGCCCGCGCUCCAAGAGUUCUCAGUAUCGCGGUGUCACAUUCUACAGACGAACUGGCCGCUGGGAGUCUCAUAUAUGGGAGUGUGGCAAACAAGUUUAUCUUGGUGGAUUCGACACUGCUCAUGCAGCGGCCAGGGCAUAUGACAAGGCUGCUAUUAAGUUCCGAGGGGCUGAUGCUGACAUUAAUUUUAACCUCAGUGAUUAUGAAGACGAUAUGAAGCAGAUGGGCCAUCUUUCAAAAGAAGAAUUUGUGCAUAUUCUGCGGCGCCAAAGCACUGGUUUCUCUAGAGGAAGUUCCAAGUUCAGAGGUGUUACCCUGCACAAAUGUGGCAAAUGGGAAGCCAGGAUGGGACAAUUCAUGGGCAAAAAAUGCAGGUAUAUCUACUUGGGUUUAUUCGAUAGCGAAGUGGAAGCUGCAAGGGCCUAUGACAGGGCUGCAAUCAACUGUAAUGGGAGGGAGGCAGUUACUAACUUCGAUCCCUCUUCCUACCAAAACGAAUCAUCAAGGGAAGAAAGUGAACCACUCGCACAAGAUCAGAUGGCAGGAGGUCAGGCUGCAGGUAAAGGUCCCGAUCUGAACCUUUGCCUUGGCGUUUUUGCUCCAUACGGCUCUUCGACGCCUCUUGAGAACAGAAGAACAGAAUUCAAAUCCAAAUCCACCUCGCCAGAUAUACGAGCAGUUGUGGAUUGGAAGAAAUCUGGGGUUCCAAAUGCUAUGAGAGAAGAUUACAGUCAGCAGCAGUUUCAAUUGACUCCAUUCUUCAAUACGACUGCUUCAUCAAACACGAGCCUCUACCCACAGCAAGGAUCUCUUUGGAAUGGAUUCCAUUCUGGAUCCCUCAAGGAACCAAACAAUGGUGAUGAAGCAAAGAAUGGAGUAGGUAGAUUUGUUGUAUCCGCUUUGCCUGCAGAACAACAACAGCAACCAGGUUGGAUCUGGCAAUUCCAAAGUAGCAAUGUCAUGCCAGCUGCUGCUACUGCCCCAGUUUUUAGUAGCGCAGCAUCAUCAGGAUUCUCACCCCAAAUAGUUUCAGUUAAUUCAGCUGCUGUUCUUCCACCUUGGCGAUUCCGUUAUCAUGUAGACAAUACAGAUAAUCCCUCAUCUCAGAAUUCCAGUCUCAACCCCCAAGCCAAGAAAUUUAAAGGUCUGGACUCAUCCAAUAAUACAGUCUGAUCAUUUUACUGGCCCUAGAAAGGUAUUGAACUUAUUAUCAAAUUGGUGUAAAGUUCAAGAGGAACAAAUAGACUUACGUUUCCCAGCUUGGCUUGUUUUGAUUGUAUUAUUACCACAGUAUACAUAUUUUUCACUUGUUUUCCCAUGGUCUUGUAAGCUAACAAGAUGACAAUUGGACCAUAUCUAAGCUAAUGUAUUUUACUUCGGCAGAAAUACCAAGUUUAUUUGUUCUGAUU